GCCGAGACUAGAGGGGUCUAUAAGAGGCUCACGCGAGGAAUGGGGCCACUGCGAUGGCCAUGAAACAGCAAACUUUGACGUCUAAAUGGGGUAAUUUGUGUCUGAACCGUAUUAUGGUCACGCUGUCGAAAACGGCAGGGAUGCUUGGCCAUCUGCCUGCACAAACCACCUCAAAAACCACCACUCCCCUGUGCGUGGACGGUCAACCUGCAAACUAAACUUCCUCUCUCUCUCUGCCCGCAAAAAAUGCAUUCCGAUACUCCCUCUUCAGCUGUCAACCAGCUCCUCCAGUCCCUUACACUGGAGGAGAAAGUCGCCCUGCUUGCGGGCAAGAACAUGUGGGAAACCGCCAACAUCAACCGGCUACACAUCCCUAGUCUGAAGAUGACCGACGGCCCGGCCGGAGCCCGCGGGUCCAAAUGGACGUACGGCUCCCUGACCACAUGGAUUCCGUGCGGGGUGUCGCUAGCCGCCACCUUUGAUCCGGCCCUGGUGGAGAAAGUCGGGGCCGUUCUGGGGCAGGAGACCCGACGCAAGGGCUGCCAGGUCCUGCUGGCCCCGACCAUGAACCUCUCGCGCUCGCCCUUGGGCGGGCGGAAUUUCGAAGGCUAUGGGGAAGACCCAUAUCUGAUCGGGGUGAUGGCCAUUGCAAUGAUCCGCGGCAUUCAGAGCCAGGGGGUCGGGGCGUGCAUGAAGCAUUUUAUCCUGAACGAUACCGAGACUCGGCGGUUCAAUGUCGACCAAACGAUUGAUGAGCGUACCCUGCGGGAGGUCUACAUGAAGCCAUUCUCCAUGGCUGCGCAGGAACCGGAAGCAGCGCCGUGGACGGCCAUGGUCAGCUACCCCAGGAUCAACGGGCUACAUGCCGAUCUCAGUCCCGAUAUCCUGCCGCGCCUGCUGAGAAAGGAGCUGCAGUAUGAUCGGUUGGUUAUGAGCGACUGGGGAGGUUUGAACAGUACAGUCGAGAGCUUGCUGGCCACGACUGACCUGGAGAUGCCAGGUCCACCGGUACGUCGGGGUGAGCGCCUGUUAGCCGCCAUUCAGGCCGGUCGCAUUGAUGUGGCCACACACGUCGAUCCGAGUGUGCGACGAAUGCUGCAGCUCCUGGAACAAACGGGGCUACUGAACAACCGCUCUGAUUCCACGGAGGUGUCCUCCGAACAAACCACCAACGACCCUGCGUUCCAUCAGAUCGUGCGCGAGGCGGCGCAGAGUGGCCUUGUGCUGCUGAAAAACGAGAGCGUACUGCCUCUUCAACCUUCGAGGCUGCGGAAGAUCGCAAUUAUUGGGCCCAACGCUCGCAAGCCCACGGCUGGUGGAGCGGGCAGCGCCGCCGUCAAUCCUUUUUACAUCACCACGCCCGAAGAAUGCCUCCGCAACGCGCUUCGGGCUGCGAACCCGGGCAUCAAGCUCACAUAUCGGCCCGGGAUCCGCGACAGUCUGCGCCCCGCUCUUUUGGGCGGUCAGUUGACCGUCCCGGACGGGUCCCGCCAGGGUCUGCACGUGAGCUUCUUUGCAGGCCAUGCUUUCGAGGGUCCGGUCGUGGCGACCAGUCUGUGGGACGACUCCCUCAUUUAUCUCAUGAGUGAUGGUGAUAUUCCAGCCGCGCUGGAGGGUCGGCCGUACUCGUACCAGGCUGCCGGAGUAGUCACUUCAUCUGAAACGGGCCGCUACACCUGGAGUCUAGCCAACACCGGAAAAGCCAAGUUGUUCCUCGACGAUGAGUUGCUCAUCGAUAACAGUGAGUGGGGCGUUGUGACUGGUGGCUUCCUGGGCUGCUCGAGUGAGGACCGGACCGCUAGUACCCAUCUCGAGGCUGGCCGCCCUUACCGACUGCGAGUAGACAAUGUCGUGACCUUGCCGCUCUUCGACGCCUUCGACAACACCCUAUUCCCUCGCGUGUCGGGCGUGCGCGUGGGACUCGCCCUGGAGCGGGACGAGACGCUGAUGCUGGAGCAGGCUGUUGAUUCGGCCCGCGAAGCAGACGUGGCCGUGGUCGUAGUCGGUCAUAACAAGGACUCCGAAGGGGAGGGAGGCGACCGGGCCCACAUGCAGCUCCCGGGUCACACCGACGAGCUCGUGGGCGCCGUCUGUGCAGCCAACCCCAAUACGGUUGUCGUUGUGCAGUCGGCCAGUGCGGUCACUAUGCCUUGGGCGGAUGCCGCGGCGGGGAUCGUGAUGGCCUGGUACCAGGGCCAGGAAAACGGCCAGGCCCUGGCGCAGGCUCUUCUGGGUCAUUGCAACUUCUCGGGUAAGCUUCCCAUCACCUUUCCCCAGCGACUCGAGGAUCAUGGCUCGAGCGCUUGGUUUCCUGGAGAGGCUGCGCAGGAUCGCAACACAUUUGGGGAAGAAGUGUUGGUUGGGUAUCGGCAUCUCGAUGCCCGGGGGAUUCCGCCUCUGUGGUCAUUUGGGUUCGGCCUCUCGUAUACUCGCUUUGAGCUUGCAGAUAUUCGCAUCAGCGGCACCUUGAGCGUUGUUUCUUCUUCUGAGAACCGGGUUUCAGUCCACGCGCGGGUUCUCAACGUUGGGGUUUGCGACGGGCAGGAAGUGGUGCAGGUGUACGUGGCCCCCUCGGCACGUCUUGGGGAGAUGGGCCUGGUCAGCUAUCCAAAGACGUUGGCCGGACUUGCCAAGAUCACCGUCCCUGCAAGGGAAUCGCGCGAAGUGACCAUCAUCAUUCCUGGAUCGGAGCUGAGAUGGUAUGAUGUGACAACCGGGCAGUGGCGAUUGGAUGUGGGCAAGUAUAAGUGCUGGGUUGGGCGUAGUCUGUGUGAACUCGACAAAGAGUUGGAGAUUGAGGUAGAAUAGAU